AUGACGGCGCUCUCUCUGCUUCUCCUCGCGGCCGGGGCUUGUCUGACUCCUGCGUGCUCCGGCGGGGAGGUCAUCGGGGGGAGAGAGGUGGCCCCCCACUCCAGGCCCUUCAUGGCCUCGCUGCAGUACCACGGGGAGCACGUGUGCGGGGGGGCCCUGAUCCACCCGCAGUGGGUGCUGACCGCCGCCCACUGCCACCACCGGUUUGCCCGAGGCCAGUCCUCCCACGUGGUUUUGGGCGCUCACUCUCUUUCCAAGGAUGAGGCCUCCAAGCAAACAUUUGGGGUCGCAAAGCUCAUUCCGUUCUCGAGAUUCACCUCGGACCCCGAGUCGCAUGACAUCAUGCUGGUGAAGCUUCACGCGCCCGCAAAGCUCAGCAAGAAUGUCCAGCUGCUCCAGCCGCGCCCCCGGGACAACCUCAGAGCGGGAACGAAGUGCCGGGUCGCCGGCUGGGGUGCCACCGAUCCAGAAGACCUGAGCCCCUCGGACACCCUGCGCGAGGUCACCGUGACCGUCAUCAGCCGAAAGCUCUGCAACAGCCCGAGUUACUACAACCACCAGCCCGUCAUCACGAAAGGCCUGGUGUGUGCCGGCGACGCCAAGGGCCAGAAGGACUCCUGCCAGGGUGACUCCGGGGGCCCCCUGGUCUGCGGAGGCGCCUUCUCCGGCCUGGUCUCUGGAGGCCGUAAGUGCGGCGACGCCAGGAAACCCGGGGUUUACACCCUCAUAACCCGUAAGUUCCAGGCCUGGAUCCAAAGCAGGCUCCGCCCACCUCCCGCAGAAUGAGGCUGCACGUCGUUUCCCGGGCCUGCCUG